GCACUGUAUUGGGUUAAUAAACCAGAAGCAAUUGAAUUAUUUGAAUUUUUUCACUCACUUCUUAAGCUUUCAGACUGGCAUACUAAUGUUCGCAAUAAGCAUUUAUUAGGUGCAGUUAUAAUCACAUCAGAAGGUAGACCAUAUGUUUGGAAGGCAAUAGAUAUUAGUUUGGAAUGUGAAACAUAUGUAGAUGUAAUUGAAAAAAUCAAUUUAAUAUUUACUGAAUUAAGUGCACAAUCAAUAAAAGCUAUUGCUGUUGUAACAGAUAGUGCAGAAGCAUAUGCUGCUACUAG